GCAAAGUUAGUGUUCAAAUAGAUAAAUAAUACAGACUUCUGUCUAGGAGAUCGUUAUUCAAUCAAGGUGCAAGAGGAAACUGAUAUAUCAGUCACUGAUGAAGCUGUGGAUAAAAGUAAUUUCAACCAUUUAAUCUCAAAUGAUCCCCUGUCCUACGUUUUUGAAAUUAAUGACACAUGCAAGCUAUUCACACUUCAAUCCUUAUUUGUUUCCCUAUUUUUUUUCCUUCAAUUUUUCAAUUUGCAGCUGUGACAUUUGAUAAUGCAUAGUCAUGUUGGAUGCUGUGUAUGUAGUUGCAAUAACAUAUAAAAUGCUGCAUGUGGUGCUAGAGAACCUUUUAUCCGAGUUUAAAGUUUAAACCAUCAGCUGUAGCUGUGACGGGGUCCUCAAAACAUUGACUUCUGUGGAAGAUGGUUCAUAAUUUGUCAGUAAUUACUUGAAAGGUAAGAUGUGAUGUUUUAGAGCCUAAAGAGACAUCUAAAUUUUUUUUAACCGUUACAUUUACACUGGCAAAUCUCACAUCUCUGAUAAAGUUUCGAUUAGUUGCUCUUCCUCUGCCUGGGAUCUUUCCGUGGUUGCUGCUGUAUUAAUGACAUCGACUGAUGUAAAUGACCCUGCUGCUGCGUGUCAUUCUGGGUCCCUCUCAUAUCUCCUGGCUGCAUAUCUUAUGCCGUGCACAUCCCCACUGCCCCAGGCUGUGUUGACAUUUAGACAGCCUGUUCCUUUUCAGAGAGAACUGUUGGCACACACACUCCUAGAUAACCUUGUCAGCUCCGAGACUUGCCUGUUCCUCGAACUGCUUUUUUCUCCUCUCUCUCUUUUGCUUUCAUGGCAGUUUCUUCUUGUGUGUUUGUGCCAUUUCCCUAGCCUCACCUUCUUUCUUGUCAUACAUUGUUGUUUACUCUUAUUUUUUUUCUUUUUAUUGACAUUUAAAAGUGUAUUUGCAUCUCUAUCUCACACCUGGAGCACCCAUCUGUUUUCUGCUAUGUCUUCUUGUUUUUCUGAACUUCUCUCACGAGUGUUAACCCUUAUCAUAUCAGCUGGUGCAGCAACGAAGAUGGUGCUCUUUCUCACUCACUCUUGCUGAAUACUGCGAAUAAUACCAAUCGUUCUCAACACAGCAGCUGUCUAUAAAAACUCCCCACCAGGUAGAUGUUCUGCAGAACCCACAGUCAACAAAGGCUCCUCUCUGACUUCCUGUCUUGGGGGAUCUCAGACCCGCAGAUGUUGCGCCUGUCAGGAUGAUAGAUGGCCGUGGUAAUCAUCAAGCUAUAAUAACGAAACUGGAGUGAGAUGGAGGGGCGAAGGGAUGAGAAAGAUGGAUGUCUGAAUUAUAAUUUUCCCAUUGUUUAGCCCUCAGUGGGUUUGGAGACCAGUAACUGUGACACUCGUGGAAACUAAGGUCUGGGAGCAGCUGCUGGGAGUCACGGAGAUAUGAGGGAGAGAUGUGAAAGUGAGGGAGAGGGAGAGAGAGAGAUUAGUACUUAAUCAUGUGUGGUGCAGUGUGUGAGAGAUCCUACGAGGACACUCAGGUCUGCUAGAUGCACCUGAAUCGGGGUGAUCGCUUCCUCUCCUCCCCCUCUCUCAGAUCACCGCUCUGAAGCGCUGACAGAGAGCGGACAGUCGCUCACAAUAACCGGCUCUGUAGCAGCCUCCGGCUUAUCUCAUCUCCCCCCCGCCCGGUGCCGACCCGCACCGACUGUUCCCUUCUCUAUCAACUGAAUCUCCCCGACGCACCAUAGAGGCAGAGCUGCGGUCGUGUUUCACUUUCUUUGCUUGCACGGAGCUCGCAUCUUUUCCCCGGAUCUUUGUUUCUGGACGGCAGGCUGCGGCUGUGUAAUGCCCCGCAGCAAGAGCAGCAGAUGUGCUGAGCGACGCAGCUAAUGGUGGUGUCUUCCUAUACUGGCCUUGAUGCUGAUGCUGCUGAAAUCCCUACAUUCAUGAAAAGGCAACAGGAAGCAGAUUUCUGAGGGAUUACACCCAAGCACAUGUACACAUAUGAAUACUGAGCGGAUACCACAGCUCCAGGACUUGGCUGGCGCCCAGGUGUGGAGCUCCCUUUGAAUGAACUCGCGUGACUGAUAGAGGCACUCACUGGUAUCAUGGAAGAAGAGGAGGAGCCAACAGAGUCUUAUUGAAUGUAAAACACAUGACCCCUCCUCCCUUUUUUUUUCCUGCCUCGCCAUCAAAGGCUGCUUGAUGACUUGUAACAAACAGCGGAGCGUGCAGAAACAGAGAAGAGUGCAGAGCCGACCAUCCGCCUGCUGCUGCUGCUGUCCCAUGAUACAUCAAGUCAAGAAUCAGCCACACGGAGGGUUGUUUCUAUGGAUACCCCAUGCCCUGAGUAGUAUUAAUAAGGCUCCCUGAUAUUCUGACUAUCUCUGCAUGAAGAUACAGGCAGAGAUUAGAAGUGCACCCCUGCAGCAGACUUCAGCUCUAAAAUAAAACAUCUGUGAGGGAGAGACAGACAUCAUCACCGUCAAGAGUCAAGAGGAAGAUGCUGAAGGAAAAAAAUAAGUUAUUUUUAAACAUCCACUGUAGAGGCUUUACCAGCAUGUUAAAAGUGUCCCUGUGUGAUCACUGACUAAAGCCGAACAUUACAGUCUUGCAUAUUUUUAUCUGUACUGGGUUUGAUGUUUUGCUCAGUUGCACCUUUUCUCAAAGGCAUCAGAGUUCAUCUUCUUUGUCCUUAGUUUGGGACACACAGGCAACAGAUGGUGAAGUACAACUUGAAUUGUUCCACACUGUACUAAAUGAAGAGGUCAAAUGACGCACAAAAUCUUAUUCUUUAGAUCCCAUGGAGAUCAUUUCUUUUCUUGCAAUACUAAGAAUAGCUCUGAAAUUCAGCACAAGCAUUUCUUAAUAAUCCCUUUUUAAGUUUUGGUUGGUCUCUUGAAUUGUCACCAUUUUCCGUAGGAAUAGUCCUGCGUUGUGCUUUUGUCUACAAGGAAACAUCUAUCUACAUGUAUCUAAAUGCAGCAGCUAAGUAAAUAAAAUUCAGGUCUCCACUCACCAGCAAGAUGUAACAUGUGUGCAUAAAACAGUGAUACAAUCAUUGUUAAUCAAGAGAUUAAAUCUACCGUCUGGUACCUAGAAUCAUACAUCCCUGUUACCUCCAGAGUGAGCAGCGAUGGCCACACAGGACACACCGCACUUUCUCCAUGGCUUCGACCUCGGUGGUCACUUUGUCGACCCUCGACCUCUCGGUACAGGUGUCACAGGCUUGGUCCUGUCAGCUGUGGACCAGCGGACUGGAAAGCGUGUAGCAAUUAAAAAGCUGGUGAUGCGAGACGCGGUGACGGUGAAACAUGCCCUGCGGGAGGUAAAGAUCACCCGACGGCUGCACCAUGAAAAUGUGGUGAGGGUCCACGAGGUUUUAGCUCCGUAUGGACGGCCCUUGCCCCGAGAUCCAACCCAGCUCAGCGCUCUCUACAUUGUCCAGGAGUGCAUGGAGACUGAUCUGGCUCGGCUGCUGGAGCAAGGGCCGCUACCUACAGGUCAUGCUACUCUGCUGUUCUACCAGCUGCUGAGGGGACUGAAGUUUAUCCACUCUGCCAACGUUCUGCACAGAGACCUGAAGCCGGCCAACAUAUUUAUCAACACGGACCAACUGCUGCUCAAGAUCGGAGACUUCGGGCUGGCCAGAAUAGUCGACCCUCAUUAUUCUCAUAAGGGCUAUCUGUCGGAAGGUUUGGUAACUAAAUGGUAUUGCUCCCCACGUCUGCUGCUGUCACCCAACAAUUAUACCAAGGCCAUAGACAUGUGGGCUGCGGGCUGCAUACUGGUUGAGAUGCUCACUGGACGCAUGCUGUUUGCAGGAGCUCAUGAGCUGGAGCAGAUGCAGCUGAUUCUCAACACAGUGCCGGUGCUGAGAGAGGAGGACAGGCAGGAUCUGCUACAGGUGAUGCCUUCAUAUGUCAGUCAUGAGUGGAAGGUGAAGAAACCCUUUUCUGAACUGCUGCCUGAAGUGGAUCCUCAGGCUGUGGACUUCCUUGAGCGUAUCUUGACCUUUAACCCCAUGGAUCGCCUGACAGCUGAAGCGGCGCUGUCUCACCCCUUCCUUCAGCAGUACUCCUGUCCAGAGGACGAGCCCACUUCAUCACAUCCCUUCCGCAUUGAGGAUGAGCUGGAGGACAGCCUCAUCACUGAGCAGAGCCUCAGCAACAGCAAUAGUCAGGCCUCCAGCAUCCAGUGGGACAGGUACGAAAACAGUUUAUCAACAGUUAUGUGCUGGCAACAAUCAGGUGGGAGGUGUCGCUGCGUGCCCCCUUGUCACAUUACCUCUGACCUGGGAGACACUACAGAGGAAGAGGAGGUGCAGAGAGACCCCCGGGCCAGUUCCAGCUCACUUUUAGAGGAGGCUCAGGUUGAUCCACGCAAAUAUUCCCACAGCAGCUCAGCGGAGCGCUUCCUGGAAAACUCUCACUCCUCUCUGGAACGUGCCUGCGGUUUGGGAUACGGGGAGGUUGACUGUGGCCGCUCCUGUGAUUACAAAGUGGGCUCUCCUUCAUAUCUGGAUAAAAUUGCCUGGCGAGAGGGAAAACCUCAACACUACUCAGAGCCUAAGCUCAUCCUUGAUCUGUCACACUGGAAGCGUAACAUUAACAGCCUCCUUGUGCCUCCUGAGCCUAUUGGUGGCAGCAUGGAGGACCUGGGAGAGAUGAAGGAGGAGGAGGCAGAGAAGGAAGAGGAAGACAAGGAGACGGGGGAUUUGUUCCAGGAAAUCUCUCGCUGGGUUGAGAGCACCCAGUCUCGUCUGCACUCACCCAGUCCCAGUCCUUCUUUGGAGCAGCAGUCACCUUCCUGCUACACUUCCUCGCCACCUCUCCCUCUGUCCCCUACUGACCUCCCAACUCCAGUCUUCCGCUACACGGAGGUUGUGCGGCAACCAUCAGAGUACGAUGAAGGCAGACUAAGCCCAUUUCGCCCUAUCAUGUCUUCCUCUAAUGCCCUCCCAUUACUUCUUCCUUCAUCUCCCACCUCCCUACAUCCUCCUCAGUCAUAUCAAACGGUGUCUUCCCCCACCACCACCACACAAUUUUUCCAGCCCACAGAAUCUCAGCCACUUUCUUCCACUUCUUCCCUUUCUCAGCCAGUAAACGCUGACUCCCUGGAGUCUCUUCCUGUCAAACAAAAAGAGCGUCUGUUUGACCUAGAUGUGUUUAUAUCCCGAGCACUGAAACUGUGCAGGCAGAGAAAGGAGAAAGCAAACGGGAAGAAAGCAAAAGAAGGAGGAUGGAUGGAAGAAAGCAAACAGCCAAACAUUAACCGAAAAGUACCCAGCUUCCCAGAGCACAGGACUCCACCACCACAGACGCCACAGACUCCCAACUCUUGAUGUUGAAUUUCAACUGCAGGUACACCACAGCAUCAUACCGGAUAGCACUACCAAAUGCUCAUAGUGCUUUACAUUGUGAGCGGUGCCCGUGGUUUAAUAUGCUGCUUAAACAUUAGACCAUAGUGUUAGCAGCUUUUGUCUUUUUGGUACUAUUGCAAUGACGCACUAUAUGCUGUGAUAAAACAACCCCCUAAGCAAGCAAUCUUCCAGCUUCGUCAUGAGAUGUUCUCAGGCAGUUAGAGGUCAGAAAUGUGGACCACAUUUGCUACUGCAAGCAGCAAAGAUUUGAUUUACAUGAGUAUAUUUUAAAGCAAUCAGCUGACAUCCCUUAUUACUGGGGUUUGCUCUGAUCGAUCAGACAACAAUUUCAUUUUGUGCCACAAACAUUUGCAAAUGACAAAAGAAGGAACAGUCAGCUGGCAUCACCUCCCCACGCUAUUAAUAACUGAUAGCUUAAGCCUGUUUUAGGCUUGCUUUCAAUUUGUUUUUCUUACAAGAUUCUGUACUUAUUCUCUACUUCUUACUGUUUGUAAUCCUUUUCGGAACAAAAAUUCAAGUGGUCUUCCAGCGGUGAGUUUCACCAGCUAAUAAUAGUGACACAGAAGGUGUUUUUCCGGUGUGUCUCUGAAUGUAUUUACUGGAAAAAUAAUCCAUCAUAUUAUGCUACACGAUGACCCAUAAGGAGUUUAACACUCCAACAGCAGCUUCGUUUUGUCACUGCUCCAAACGGCCUGUCAACUUGUAAAAAAUACAGUCAGAUUUAAUUACAUAGUAUAUUUCUCAAGACUUAUACUAGUAUUUUUGUGUUUGUAUUAUUCUUGUGCUCUUUGUUGAUUGCUACGACCCAUGUUCACGUUAUUUGGAGUGAGUUGUGUUCUUUUUGAAUGUGGAAUGCUCUGUGGUAGUAAUUUUUGACUAUCAGACAGCUAUGGUUUCUUGUUUGCUUGAUGCACCAAGCAAGGUCUGCUUUUCACUGAACAUAUACUAUCCUCUCGUUCCAUACAGCCACAUGUCUAUUGCUUAAGCCACAGAAAGCUUUAAUGCAAACAACGGUAUACUAUAUUUUGAAGUAUAUGGAUACUUACAACCUUUGCAGGAAAUUAUUUGUACUCAAAACUUUUUAGUGCUUUGCAGCAGCCAGAUUAAUACAUGAAACUCAAAUAAAAAGAAUAAAAAAAAUAGACCGGCUAAAUGGCAGGUGUACACAAGCAGUAGGUGAAGGCUGCUGGCUUGUGCCUCAUAGUCUGUUAGUCAAGAGCUUCUCACAUUCUCUUGAACUGUGGAGGUAAAACUGGCAUUACAAAACUCUUCAACGCUAGUGCCAAAACGUAACCCAGUUAAUUUAACAUUCCCUGUAUUCUGUGGCCUCAAUCCCUCCAUCUCAAAUGUCACUGUUUGAAAUGUGAUAUUCUGCUAUUAACUGAUCAAAGAAUGUACGAGUCGAGUUGUAAUGCUGAAAUACACUAUAUGGAUAGAAGUACUGGGGCACCUAUAUAUUACCCCUACAGGAGCUGGAAUGGAAACCAAUUCCAUGAAGCUCCCAGUGCACAGUUUUUGUCCUGAUGUGAAUGCCAGAGGAGGUUGGAUGGAUUUUGACAAAAUCCAUCCACAGACACACAUAAAUACAAACUGGCAUUACAACAGUGGCAUCCUUACUGUGUAACUAUGUGUUUAGCAUCCUAUUACUUCCUUCACAUAUGUUUGUACAGGUAUACUACAUAGAUGCUUAAUUUUAUACUCCACAGGACUUAAAACACCUAAAUUCAAAGAUUAAAGAGUGUGGCCUGUCACUUUUGUCCAUAUAGUGUGCAUGAAACAUACUGCCAGCAACACAACAGAAUAAGAAUGUUUUAUUCCUUUCGUGCUAUCAAAUAAUACGUUGAAUCCUUCCUUAAAAUCCAUACAAGCUACACACAGGUUGAAGUUCUCUCGAGUGUCAGCUGUUAACUGUGCAGAUGUAAGUUGUUCUAAAACUGUUGACUCUCAUACUGUCUGCACCUGUAAUGCAUGCUGUAGCCUACAUACAGAUGCUGUAGGCACAUUUUCACUUGCACAACUUAGUAUGACUUCCAAAGAAUUGAGCCAUACAUGAGAUUUGCCAUAAGUACAACCUAUGAGACAGCAAAGCCGAGUCGGUUUUUUUAAACAUCACAAUGAAGCACAGGUAGUGUCACUAGCACAUACAGAAAUACAGGAUUCCACCCUCUUUUUUUGCCAGUAAACUUUUUAGCUGCAGUCAACCUAAUCAAAAGGAAUUUUGCUUUAAGUCAAACACACAGGAUCAUAUUUUGCGUUAGUAAAUUUCUUCUGAGCUGCAGGUAGAGCAAAGCCAGCAAUAACGUCACUGAAAAGUAUCUGUAACACAUGUCGGUACUGAGCCGAAGUUAAUUAUUUUAAGUGUUUAAAGCAAUGUAGAAAAUGUGCCUCGGUACACCUCAAUACUUCCAGCUUGCUGAAUGUAACGUGUCCCUUUCCUUCUGCAUGGCUCUUCAAAAAGCUCAAAGGUUGUUGUUUUCAUCAUGUGUCACUUUGUGAUAAGAGUCAUGUUUCUGUGGGCGCCUAUUUAUGUUGUAUCCAUGCAUCAAGGAGGCCUCAGCUUUUCAUUUGGGAGAAUCUGUGACGUUUUUAAUUCUCUCUAUAUUGCAGUAUCUCUUUUGGAGUUUCUGUUCUUGCUGGAAAAUUAAUAAAACAGUACUAAAACUA